AAUAAUGAGUCCCGAAGCAGAAAUUGAGCCACGCAGUUCAAGCCCAUUACUAUAUACUGAUGGUUUUCUCAAUUUCAGACAUUUGGCGUCGAUACCUUAGAAAUGGUAAUGACCACCACUUUGUGUGCUUCGUCUCCUUGGCGCCAUCACUAUUGUUUCAUUUAUUCCAAUUCCAAAAGCUUCCAUUCGGAUUCGCUUCAACAGUUGAUCUUUCCCCGGAAGUUUGAUCCCCAUCGUCCCUCAUUCCUUGUCCGCCUCCGGUCCAAUUCCAAGAUGCGCUCGCCACGUUGUCUUUCGGCUGGCCCCGGACCACCUGACGCCGACCCGCCUCCUCCCCCAGAGUUUGCAGGAAAGUUAUCAAAAUUUCAAGAUCAAGUGCGGAUCUUCUUUGCUGUCCUUUUCUGGGUGUCUCUGUUCUUCUGGUCCUCUGCAUGGGAUGGGGGGAAUUCUGGUAGACCAGAUAAAGGGUCUCGAUUUAGAAGAUAAGCUAGUAAGAUUUUGAUUCUAUAUACAUGCAAAUAUAUACAAGAAAUACAUCACGAAUAUAGACAAUGGAUAUGUAAUUGUUUUCUUCCAUUUCCAAUUGGUUUUGUUAUGUUAAGGAAACAUUUUCCUGUAACAUCUUAGUGAAUCAAUUCCAUAUUUCUUUCACUCUCUAAGAUCAAA